GACCUUCUCACCCUAUAAAUUGAGGAGCUGCUGGCUGUCUCAGCAUGCGACAGAAAAGAGGCUUUUCAGCUCCACUUGCCUGCUUCAGCUCCAGCUACCACUUCUCAGCUGACAUGAAGGUCCUUGUGGCUGCCCUCGCUGUUCUCAUUGCCAUCUUCUGCUAUCAAACCUCUGCUGCACCAAUUGGCUCCGACCCACCGACCUCCUGCUGCUUCAGCUACACCGCCCGGCAGCUGCCCCGCAGCUUCGUGGUGGAGUACUACGAGACCAACAGCCAGUGCUCCCAGCCGGCCGUUGUGUUUGUCACGAAGAAGGGCCGCGAGGUCUGUGCCAACCCCGACCAGGAGUGGGUCCAGCAGUACAUGAACGAGCUGGAGCUGAACUGAGGUCCCGGGCAGACCCUGCGCCCCGUGUCCCCUGGCUGCCGGGACAAGCGAGCCACAGCCACCUGCGGGCGCUGUCAGAAAUACUUCAAUGUCACUUAAAGCUAGCUGAGAAGUUGAAAAUGUUCCAGAUCCUGACUUCAGUGUUUUGCUAUUUAAUUUUUUAUAGGGGAGCGUUCAGGUGCAAUAACUCCAUUCCAGACAAAUAAGAAUUUUAAUUAAUAGAUAUAUUUUUUUAUGUGAAGACUCAUGCUCAGUUUAUAUUUUCUGUAUUUAAUUGCUUGUAUUUUCAAUGUAAUAUUUAAUUCAAAUUUUGAGAAAUAAAUAUUUUUGUAAGAACUUUC